AUGGAUGCGGAUGUGGAGAUCAUCAGCUCACAACUUGGAGGCACAUUUCACAUUCAUUCGACCAGAGACACCUUCCUGGGCCAAGAUCAACCCCUGAUAGCGAAUGGCCUUAGUUUCAAGACGCGCUUGCUUGGACAAAGUCACUGGGCAAUUCGUGACAUUUUGAGCACUCUCGGACAGUAUGAAGGCACACCCGAUACGAAUUGGGCCGGUAUAGGAAGAUGCAAGUCCUUGGCUCGGUACAUCAAAGCCCGACGAACACCAGCGUGGCCGCCGCCGCCGAACUCGAAACUCCCUAGCAAAGAGGUUGCCGACGCUCUGCUCGACAAUUAUCUCCGCACAACUGAGUCCAUAUACCGUAUUCUUCAUCUGCCCACCUUCCGGCGGCAAUAUGAAGCGCUCUGGGUCAAUGACACAGUCCCCGACCCCGGCUUUCUCGUACAGUUGAAACUGGUCCUUGCCAUUGGCGCCGUCACAUACGAUGACGAAUUUUCACUUCGAACGUCGGCGAUUCUUUGGGUAUAUGAGGCCCAAGUCUGGUUGGCCGAGCCUAAUUUCAAGGUUCGCUUGAACAUCCAAUUCUUACAAACCAACCUCCUCCUCCUUUUCGCCCAGGAACGUGUUGGUGUUGCGGGUGACUCUGCAUGGGUUCUCUCUGGCACCAUACUGCGCAAGGCGAUGCACAUGGGAUUGCAUCGCGACCCCAACCACCUCCCUGGCCGUUCCGCUUACGAGGCCGAGAUGCGGCGGCGUCUCUGGAACACUGUGCUGGAGGUGGACCUCCAAGCUAGUCUAAGCUCCGGCGGAGCGCCGCUCAUAUCCAUGUCCGAUUUUGACACCGCGCCCCCUGGUAACUUUGACGAAGAGCAGCUAGAAGCCGAUGGGCCAACUCCUAGGCCGCCGAGUGCAUUUACGCAGGUUUCGGUUGCGAUCGCCCUGCGCCAGACCUUCCCGCAACGUCUCGCAGUAGUGAACUUUCUUAACGGUCUCCGUGUGUCACCAGGAACGUAUGAGGAUACCCUACGUAUCGACACUGAACUGCGAGAGGCGUUCAAGGGAUUGAGUCGAAUCUUGCGCACAGCCUUCAGCAGCUCCUCUUCAAAAGCUCAAAAUGCCAAGUCCGAGGUCCAGCUUGUCGACUUCCACAUGCAGCGCUACCUCAUAUCCCUGCACGCGCCAUACUUCGGUCCCGCACACGGUACGGCAUACACAUACUCACAAAAGACCGUGGUCGAGUCUUCACUCCGUAUCUGGCGUGCUGCGUGCCCGCCUCCGGCUCUCGCCUCCAAUGGUCUCCAAAACCCGGGCGUUGGCGAGACCGAGUCAGACCUGCCUCGCUUGGCGUCGUGCAGCUCCGGAUUUUAUCAGACUGCCACUUUCCACGCCGCGCUCUUGAUCGCCCUCGAUUUGCGCUCCCAGCUUCAGGAAGAGGAAGAGUACAGCCUUCUUGGUCCCACGCCUCUGCGGCCGGACCUUAUGUCUGUGAUGGAAGAGGCGCGCAUGUGGUGUUUGCGGGUCAUCGAGGCCGGAGAGACAAACGUGAAGGGAUACUUGCUUAUGAAUCUGGUAGCAGCACAGAUAAGGAGCAUGGUGGGAUUGAUGAAGAAGGAUGAGGUUGCUGGCGAGUUGAUCAAAGCUGUGAAGGGUGUGGAGGAGAAGUGUCUGCCAAUUCUGGAACGUAUGGCGGAAGAAGUAGGGAUGGAUGCCGCUGGCGCGGAGACUAUUGAUGCCAUACUGGGACAGCUGCCAGAACCUAUGGAGUUGUGGCAAGGGAUGGAGGAUUGGGUCUUCAACGACGAUACGAAAUCUGGAGAUUUCGUGUUUUAA